AUGGAGGCCCCUCUAGACAUCAAACAGAAUGUCCCUACAACGGUCUCCAGCGUCGAUAUCGACCCUCGAGCAGAGAAGUCGCUUGUUUGGAAGUUCGACCUUCGGGUACUGCCCGUGUUGGCCAUCAUGUACCUAUUCAACUCGCUCGACAAGUCCAACUUAGGAAACGCGAAGACUGCGGGCCUCGAGACUACCCUACAUCUCCACGGCGAUCAAUACAACCUGCUUCUGAGCAUCUUCUUCAUUCCCUAUGUCCUGACCGCGCCUUUCCUCGGCCUACUAGGGAAAAAGUUUGGCCCACACAGAGUCCUUCCGUGCAUGAUGACGACCUUCGGCCUGUGCACGAUCCUCGUCGUCGCAGUCUACAACUUCAGCGGACUCUUCGCCAUAAGAUGGUUUCUUGGAAUGGCAGAGAGUGCAUUCUUCCCCUUGGUCAUCUACUACCUCACAACCUUCUAUCGCCGUGGUGAACUCGCACGCCGCUUGGCAAUCUUCUACGCCGCACAGAGCAUCGCGUCGGCUUUCUCUGGACUGCUUGCCUUCGGAGUCUUCCGCAUCCACAGUGGACCAUUGGCUCCUUGGAGGUAUCUGUUCUUGAUCGAAGGCGGAGGAACAGUCAUCUGUGCUCUCUUUGCCUUAUGGUAUCUACCCCGAUCCGCAGCCGACGCGAAAUUCUUAACCCCGGAGGAGAAGGAGAUGGCCUACUUGCGGCUACAAAUCGACAGUUCCUCUAUUGUCGACCAAAAGCUGAACAUUCGCGACGCCUUCCGCGUAUUCAAGCACUGGACCAGCUGGGCCGUUCUGGCUAUCCAGGUCUGCCUCGGAGUCCCUCUCCAAGGCGUCCAACUCUUUUUGCCGGUGAUUGUUCAGAGCCUGGGAUACAGCACCGUCAAAACAAACCUGUACACCGUGGCUCCCAAUGUCUGUGGUGCUGCAGUGCUGCUCAUUCUGGCUUUUGCCAGCGACUGGACCAAAUGGCGAUUCCCAUUCAUCGCGCUCGGGUUCCUGUUCACUUUCAUCGGAUUCGUGAUCUACGCCGCUAUUGAUGUGAAGAAAGACGUGAGCGUUGCGUACUUCGCGUCCUUCCUCAUGGUGUGGGGCACUUCGGCCCCGUCUGUUCUUUUGGACGCCUGGUACAACAAUAACACGGCGAACGAAGGUCGCCGCGUUGUGUUGACCAGUAUCGCUGUCCCGAUCGCGAACUUGAUGGGGGUGGUUGCCUCCAACAUCUUCCGCCCUCAGGAUGCACCCAAGUACUUCCCGGCGCUGAUUACGACGGCCGCUUUUGGUGGGACUGGGAUCAUUCUCACUCUGUGCCUUGGGCUUUGGAUGAUUUGGGAUAACAAAAGGAGAGACAGAGGGCAGGGCGUAUGUGUUCGGGCAAGGGAAAUUCCCACAGAGUACCUGGAAGACGGUCCGGCGAGCGAAUGUUUCAGAUGGUUUUAUUAG